CCAUCAGCAUAACGCAUUACAGAGUUCACUCAACGGGAGAGCGGUUAAGAAUCGAGAGAAAUGGUGCAAGAGCACACACAAGGCGCCUAUUAUCGUCGUCAUCAAGUGUGAGCGCCCAAUUGCCACACAAACGCGUCCUCCUCGGCCACCCGAAUGCUCGGCAGUCCUUCUUGCGGUGCCUGAUUGGGGACACCGCGCUCUUUGGGUCACUGUCAACAGCCGACACUCCACAUAACAACCGACGAACGCCGGUCCACCAUGGAAGGCGAGCACAGCGUUCUAGCCACGAUGGCCCCAACAAUGCCAGGAUUCGCUGCGAAGGAGAUGUCAUUGCUCGACUACUCAAUAUUCUGCGCGCUGAUGCUGGUCUCGACCCUAAUUGGCGUCUACUUCGCCUUCUUCGCCAAACAAAAGCAGGACAACACAGCCGAGUACCUGAUGGGCGGCAAAAACAUGGCCAUAUUUCCGAUCACAAUGUCCCUCAUCGCGAGCUACAUUUCAGGGGUGUCCAUGUUGGGAGUGCCAGCCGAAAUUUAUACUUAUGGCACGCAAUAUGCAGCCGUCCUCAUCUCAGAAGCUUUAGUCUGCUUCGUGACUGCCUUCGUCUUCAUGCCAGUUUUCUACAAACUCCAGCUCUAUUCAUCUUUUGAGUACCUGCUGCUGCGUUUUGACAGUUCGGUGCGGCUGCUGUUGUCAGUCCUCUACUGCAUCAUGUCGCUCACCUACACGCCGCUGAUCAUCUACACACCUGCGCUUGCGUUUAAUCAAGUUUCAGGAGCAAGUCUGAACGUUAUAGCCCCGAUAACGUGUGCAAUAUGCAUAUUUUACACAAGCCUGGGCGGGCUGCGGGCGGUGGUGUGGACGGACACGUUGCAGUCAUUCUCCAUGAUUUCCGGUGUUCUGGUCGUGACAAUUUUGGGCACCCUGGACGUCGGCGGCAUCGGCGUGGUGAUGGAGCGUGCGGCCAACACCGACAGGCUCGAGUUUUUCAACUUGGACCCGAAUCCGUUGGUGCGGCACACGUUUUGGACGGUCACCAUCGGCAACUUUUUCAUGUGGUUGGCGCACUUGGCAGCCAACCAAGCAAUCCUGCAAAGAUGUCUGGCCCUGCCGACAAUUGCCAAGGCGAAGAGGGCACUGGUAUCUCUGGCAAUAGGGACUUUGAUUUUUGCGGCAUUAAGUAUAUACUGCGGCCUUGUAAUUUACGCGAAAUACCACGACUGUGAUCCCGUGCACACCCAAGUCAUUAGAAAGGUGGACCAGAUUUUACCUUUCACCGUGAUGGACGUGGCAAACAUCCCCGGCUUUCCCGGCCUCUUCAUCGCCGGCGUUUUCAGCGCGGCACUCAGCUCCAUGUCGACAAACCUCAACGCCUUGUCCGGGGUGAUCCUGCAGGAUUUCAUUAAGCCGUGCAUGCGUGGCAGGCAGAUGUCGGAAAAGACGGCCAGCAACACCAUGAAGAUGAUUGUCGUCAUUGCCGGCACUUUCUGCACAGCCAUGGUUUUUGUGGUCGACCAGCUAGGCGCCAUUAUUCAAUUGAGCCGGACAGUGAGCGGAGUGACGGCCGGCGCAAUGCUGGGAAUUUUCGUUCUGGGAAUGAUGGUGCCCUGGAUCAACGCAAGAGGCGCCCUGAUUGGGGGCAUAUGCAGCCUGUUUGUGGCCGGCUGGGUUGCGGUCGGCUCCCAGCGUGCCAUCGCCGGCGGCUCUCUGCGUUUCCAGACCAAACCAAUGUCCGUGGACGGCUGCAGCUACGCCUUUCCACCCUCCAACUCCACACUCAACGAGCAACCGAUUGAGGAAGCAUUCUGGGUGUUCCGCAUUUCGUAUCUCUACUUGACCGUGAUCGGCUUCACGACGAUGGUGUUGAUCGCCACGAUCGUGACCCUCAUCACUGGCCCUAACGACCCUCGCAAGGUGCACCGAGACCUGCUGAGCCCGCUAGUGCACCGUUUCCUUCCUGAGCCCGAUAAGAGCGAGCAGCCAAUCGCGGAAACGCUGCUCGUCAAUGAGACGGGUUACAUCCUGGCCCCAGGCUGCGAGGGACCCGCUGAGAAGGAGUUUACCAUCGAGGAGAAAUGAUAUUUUUGUACGCUCUUGUAUUUGAUUUUACAGUAAUUAAAAUGAAAACAACAGAAUUUUCAACAAAAGUUCCUCUCUCGUUCAAUCCUU